CUUCAUUAUUCAGUGCUAGCUUGCAUGAGAUUGAGGGGUUGAUUUGGAAGAAAAACCAAUCUUAAGGUUUUUCUUUUCUUCCCAAAUCCUUACCCCAAAACCUUGUGCUAGCAUUUUUCUUUUGUUUCAUCAUCAAAAUCUCAAGAUCUAGGAAAACGAAGAAGAAGAGAAUCAUGGCUAUGAUUCCAAUGAAUCACCAUACAGUCCAUACUUUAGCCAUUGUUUUUGGCAUUCUAGGUAAUGUCAUUUCCUUAAUGGUCUAUUUGGCUCCAGUGCCAACUUUUAUCCGAAUAUUCAAAAAUAAAAGUACAGAAAGUUUCCAAUCAUUGCCAUAUCUGGUGGCACUAUUCAGUUCUAUGUUAUGGCUAUAUUACGCAUUGAUAAAGACAAAUGCUAUUUUCCUUGUUUCGAUUAAUUCAUUUGGAUGUGUCGUAGAAGUGAUCUAUUGUAUCAUGUACAUACUCUAUGCACCAAGAGAUGCAAGGAAAUUAACCAUUAAACUGUUUGUCUUAAUGAAUGUGGUUUCAUUUGUGAUGAUCUACUUGAUCAUACAAUUUGCUAUUAAUGAAAAUCAUCGUGUCAGUUUCCUUGGAUGGGUUUGUACCUUUAUCUCAAUUGCUGUCUUUGCUGCGCCUUUAAGCAUUGUGGUUCGAGUUGUUAAGACAAGGAGUGUACAAUUUAUGCCCUUUAAUUUGUCACUUUUCCUUACAUUGAGUGGUGUGGUAUGGUUUGCAUACGGUUUCUUUAAAAACGACAUUUGUAUUUAUCUUCCAAAUGUGGUUGGAUUUGUCUUAGGGAUAAUACAAAUGUUGUUAUAUGGAUAUUACUCAAAAUAUGGUGGUGUUAAGGAUGAGAAAAUUGAAGCUGGAGUGGUGAAUAUUGUUGUUGUGAACCCAUUAGGGACUUGUGAAGUGUUUCCAAUUUCAUUGGAUGAAAAUGAAGAUAUUAUUGAAGAUGUUAUUAAUCAACAAAUUCAAGUACAAAAAUUAGGUGUGGAAGAGAAGCAAGAGAAAAGUGAUGAUCAAGCUAUAGGAUUACAAUGUGUGGUGUGAAUUGUGUGACCAUAUUAUAUACAUAUACAUAUAUUGAUAUAUAUAGUAUAGUAUAGUAUACUUUUGCGCAUACAUACAUAUGACAUUAUGAUAUGAUCAAUAUAAUCAAAUAUGACAUUAUGAUCAUAACUGUUUGUUUCAUGAUAAAAAUGUGAUGUGCAUGAUGAUGGCUUCGAUGACCAGCUAGCCGCUUUAUAUCUAAUGUUUGUUCUUUUAUAUGUUA